AGAUGGGGAUAUUAAUGGCGGGUCCAGUCUUGUCGAUUGCUUGUAUAUAUUUUGUAUACCGGUGAAACUAAACAACUGUUUGAUAAAUAUCAAGUUGUUAUGGUGAUAAAACAAAUAUAAACAUCGUCGUUUAUUAGGACAAGACGGGAUCUGCUCAUGUUAGGAACUAGCUAGUCUGAAAGUUUACAACUGGUGUCUCAGAAAAACCCAUCAAAAUGGAGUUAGUCACAGAUAAAAUCAAAGAAGCUCAACAGCUUUAUCAAAAGGCUUUGGACUUGGCAGAUAAACGUGUGGAAAACUGGUUUUUAAUGGACAGCUUUAUACCAACACUUGCUAUCACUGCCUUUUAUUUACUCUUUGUGUAUGUGGUGCCCAAGAUAAUGGCAAAACGUGAAGCCAUCGAAUGUAAAACUGGUUUAAUGAUUUACAACUUUGGUUUAAUUCUUUUGAAUUUGCAUAUAUGUACAGAACUUUUCACAGCAUCAUAUAAGUUAGGAUAUAGUUAUUUGUGCCAACCAGUGAGUUAUACAUAUGAUCAUAAUGAAAUGAGAAUAGCCAAGGCAUUGUGGUGGUUUUAUUUCUCUAAAGUGCUAGAGAUGUUAGACACUGUGUUUUUUAUUUUACGUAAGAAAAAUAACCAAGUUAGUUUUCUUCAUGUUUACCAUCAUGCAACCAUGUUUCCUAUUUGGUGGAUUGGAAUCAAAUGGGUAGCAGGAGGUCAGUCUUUCUUUGGGGCCAUGAUGAACUCCUUCAUACAUGUAUUGAUGUACACCUACUACGGAGUUUCUGCCUUAGGGCCACAAUUUCAGAAGUAUUUAUGGUGGAAAAGAUACCUGACAAAAAUCCAACUGACUCAGUUCUGUAUUGGAAUCACCCAUGCUGUACAGUCCUUAGUUUUUGAUUGUGAGUUUCCAGCAUGGAUGCACUGGGCUCUCAUCUUCUACGGUUUCACCAUUCUGGCUUUAUUUCUUAAUUUUUACUACCAUUCAUAUGUUAAAGCUCAAAAGAAGAAGACUGGAAAAGUUCAAAAUGGAAGUGUAUCAGAAGCUAAUGGGCAUGUACCAUCUAAGAAAACUCAAUAA